CGGUCCUCGUUGUACUCGAAUCUCCUACAAAAUGAGGCAACACGAAGAAAAAGAAAAUGGAAGAAUCGCGCUAAAACGAGAGUUAGGCCUUUUCAGUGCAGUGAGCAUCAUAGUGGCUGUUAUGAUCGGUUCCGGGAUCUUUGUCUCUCCCACCAGUGCUCUGGAAAAGUCAGGCUCCGUUGGUUUCUGUUUGAUCGUUUGGAUCACCUGCGGUAUAUUGUCUCUCCUUGGCGCGUUAGCUUUUGCCGAAUUAAGCACGGUGGUACCGCGUUCUGGUGCUGAAUACGCUUACUUCAUCGAAGCGUUUUCACCGUUGCAUCGAUACGCUGGACAGAUACCAGCUUUCGUAUGUUCCUGGGUAUACGUGGUGUUGUUACGACCAGCGGAAGUGGCCGUGGUUAUGCUUACCUUCGCCGAGUACAGCGUGCAACCGUUCUCUAACUACCUGGAGGAUCUGCCAGAGGAAUCGAUGUCUCGGUUGAAGAAAUUCAUAGCCGUCUUGGCUCUCGGUUUAAUCACCUACAUCAAUCUGACCAGCGUGAAACUUUACGUGAGGGUUCAGAAUAUAUUCACGAUAUGUAAAAUAGUUGCAUGCGUGUUUGUGAUCGGCGGAGGAAUCUGGUGGUUGUCUACCGGUCACACUCAAUUAUUGGAGAAACCAUUUCGCGGAACUACGACAUCUCUCGGUGACGUCGCUUUAGCAUUCUACAGUGGAUUAUGGGCUUACGAUGGAUGGACCUCGGCUGCGAUCGUUACCGAAGAAAUCCAGCGUCCGGAAGUGAAUAUUCUUCGAAGUAUUUUGAUCGCAGUGCCAUUGAUCACUGUUUUAUACGUUUCGAUGAAUUUAAUGUACAUGGCUGCACUAACGAUACCGGAAAUGGUUGGUGCACGAGCUGUCGCAGUUCUCUGGGCAGACAAAGUCUUACCUUCGUGGUUGAGUUUCGCGAUACCACUCGGGGUUGUUUUGUCCACCUUUGGAUGCGGUCUCAGCAUUCAGUUCGGUGUUUCCAGGCUGUGUUACGUGGCCGGAAGGGAAGGACACGUGCCACGGGUGUUCAGUUUUGUGCAUAUCGAAAAAAUGACCCCAGCCGCUGCAGUUGCUGUUCAAGGAUUACUCACGUUGGUUUGUUUGCUCUUGGGAAACAUCAUCGCGCUGAUCGAAUUCGCGAGUUUCUUAACGUGGGUGUUUUAUGGUUUCGCAAUGUUAUCUCUGAUAAUUAUGCGACGAACGAAACCGGAUGCACCUAGACCAUACGCGGUACCGAUCGUAGUACCGUGGUUGGUACUGGGGAUUGCAAUCUUCCUGGCUGUCAUUCCGAUUAUACACGAUCCGUCACCUAAAUAUCUGUUUGCUCUGAUAUUUAUUCUUCUUGGUGUCGGCAUUUAUCACGUGUACGUGUACAAUAAAGCCAGAAGCACGUUUGCAGUGAGACUCACGUACCUGAUCCAAGCGUUAUGUCUAGUUGUUGCUCCAGAUAAAGAAGACUGAUGCGACGUUUAACUUAGUAUAUCUUAUUUGUCGUGUAAAGCGAGAUCCCGUUCUUGUUACGAUAGAAAUCAAAUCGAUAGGUAUAUUUUAUGACAAAUAACGAAACACUUUUUGUUGAUUUCAUGUUUUUUCUGUUUUUUAUUAAAAUUGUUUCAUGUUUCUACAAAACAAUGAAUUCAAAAGUAUAACAAUGCUUUUACAUUUGUGCAGUAUUGUAAAGGUUUUAUAAAACAACCGCAAAGAUAUAAUAAAUAUUGAUUAUAGUACAGAAUUAGCAACAUAGCAAAUGUAACAUAUUAAUUUAAGAAAAUAUCAAAUAUUUAUUAUAUCUGUACAUAAGUAUACUUUAAAUAUCAUAAUAUUAUAAUAUCCAAAUCAUCUUCCAGGAUCACUGAUAUUUCAAUACUAUGAUAAUAAUAAAUAUUAUUACUGUCAAUUAUAUCUCUAAAAACAUGAUUAUUGCUAACAUGAUGUAAAAUGUUACAAAAUAUAUAGAACUUUUAUAAAAUACCAAAGAUCAACGCACUUUGGUAUAUAUUCAUAGUCAACUUGUAAUAACAUUUCGUUUACUGACAUUUGUUCUCUUUUUAUCUUUACAUUUUGACUCAUAAGUAUAUUGUUAGAUAUACUACGUAUAUAAAUAUAUGUAUUUGUUCAUUACAACUGUAAGGCACCUCUGUAAGGCUUUUACGAAGUUAUGUUUAUUGCUAGGAAAGCUCAAUGUACUUAUUAUUUUAAGAAAUUUUAUACAUAUCAAUUUACAUAAUAAUCAACUUGUAUAUAAAUAUGUAAUCAAAAAUGCAUAACUGAAGGCAUAAAGUAGAUAAUAUUUAAUGUUUAACAGAUAUUUUAAACGACUGAUGGAAUUGCAGCAAUGUAAAUGAGAUUUAUAGAGUAAAAUUAAGUCCUGUAGUAUAAAAACCCAAGUUGCCUAUUUACUCCAGUCCGAAAUUUUUUACUAAUAUCAAUUUGUUAAUUUAAAAUUAGUUACAAAAUUGUUAUUGGUUUGCACCACAUUUCGGACAGGUUUGUCUUUCACUAAAACAUGAAUGUAGUAGUAUAGAUACUAAUUGUAAAUAAUAUUAAAUCUUUAAUUAUACCUCA